GUUAUCCAGCUACAGCUGUCAACUCAAGCUAAGCUAAACCACCCUGUUGGCGAUCGCGACGAGACAAGCUACGAGCAAUUGCUCUGUACACACUCCUUUUACAAUCCUCGUCAAUGCCGCUUGUUGACCCCGUCACCAUGUCGACAACACUUGUCAAGAGCGGGCCCGCCGCCCAACAACCCGCGACCAAGGCCGCCGUGCCCGCGAUUCCGCUCGUCAAUUCUCCUGCCGCUUUGCCCGCAUCAGUCGCUCAUCAGCUUUUGCUCGCUGGCCUGUUCUACUGGCGCUUCGAUGCCCUGGUGGCCGAUCCCGUCUCGACUCUUCAGACUGGCCUCCCAGUUGUUGCUGCCAUUCAGGCUGUCUAUCUUAUACUGAGUCUUCCACCAGCGGGAUCCUCGGGCUCGUCGAAGAAGCCUCGUCCUGGUGAGAAGAGGAAAUCAGAUGGACGGGAGGCAAAGGCUAUUCCUACCGCCGUUAUUUCAUUGCUCCUAGCUCUAAUCCUGACACCGGCUCUUCAUCUCCUCCUUGUCCUCUUUGGCGCGCCAUUCCUUACACACGUUCCUCACACAUUCUUGUGCUGCGCACAUAUCGCCGUCCUCGCGAUUUAUCCUGUCUUCUACGUUCGUGGUUCCGACCCCGUGCCUCUCCAGGCUGUCGUUGGUGUAUCAGCUCCAUUUGACCAGACAUUUGGCGGUUUUAUUGGAACAGUGGUUGGGGCUUGGCUUGGAGCUGUCCCUAUUCCUCUCGAUUGGGAUCGCGAGUGGCAGAAGUGGCCCGUCACCAUUGUUGUCGGUGCUUACAUCGGAUAUAUCGUUGGAUCUCAGAUCUUGGGCACCGUUUUCUUUGGAAAGCGCUGGGAAGUCACUCCUGAAAUCAAGGAGGAAUAAGCCAUUGGUUCAUGAUGAGAACACUAGUGCUAUUCCAAGAUGCCCGUAUGACAGGUAGACUGGGAUUUACAGAGAUAUUUAUGGCUGUGGAUACAUUGUAAUGUACCGUGGCAAAAAGUUUGACAUAAUGAGAUCGCCUACUAUCAUAGCGAUAAGAAUACAUAAUAAUGAAUACAUUGCAUUGGCUUGCCGCUGCUUCACUGGUG